AUAACAUUUGUAUUUUACAUUUAAAAUAAUAGCGGAUUGAAUCGAAUGUAUUCAUUCCUAUUUUGUUUUUAAUCGCAUGAAAAUCGAAUUUGUCUUUUGAUUAUUUGUGUGUAUUAAUGCUGGUGAACUUAUAAUAUAACCUCUGCAAUUAAUAAGUUAGUCGCAGUUAUGGAAAUAAAUCCGUUAAGUAUAAUUCUUGUAAAAAGUGAUAGCAAAGGUGAUAGACUAUUAUUUCGUUAUCCGUAUGUAGCAAAACAUACACGAGAUUCUAAUCAAUGCACUAACAGAAAGAAUCCUUACUCUUUAACCACUACAGAAGAUUUAUUGCAGUCUUUACCUUUUCUGACCUCUAAUAUAAGUAAUGGAAACUUGACUGGUGUAACCGACGAAGUCUUAUCGACGUUAUUUGCUGUUAAACCAGAAUUGUGCGAACAAAAGUUCGAAUUAAAAGUAAACGAUGUUCGGUUCGUUGGGCAUCCAACUUUGGUUCCAUCUCGUGGAUUGAAGGAAGUUAAUUCUUCUAUGCUUUUUAAUAUUGUCUUUGCUCUUCAAGCACAAGCAAGCCAUUCUAUAGUAAAGUGUUAUUACGAUCUGAGCAAAAGAUUAGGCAUAGCGUUGAGGCACGAAGAAAAGAGAUGUGGUUUUGUAAUGGAAGAAAUAAAAAUUAUGGUUUCUACCCAUGAUGAAGUCGCUACUAGGUCUGAAGGUGAAAGUGAUUGCGACGAAUCACCGUAUGAAUUAAUAUUACAAAGAAGUUUACUUGCACGUGAUUUAAAGUCUGUAUUUAGUAGCCUUAGCACUUCUGGAAUAAUUAAUAUCAUGAUUAAUAAAUGGAUUCAAGUACGUUUCUGCCUCCCACAAAAAGUUCAUCAAUCCCAUAAAAAAGGAUUUGUUAUUAAUCCAGAAAUAAUAGACAGGUGUUUGAAUAGCUUGAGACCUUAUCAUGGCUUGUUGUUACUUAUCGAACCUUUAGAUUUAUUGGAUACGCUUCCAAUAGAUUCUUCUCCAGCGCUUAAACGUCUAAUUCAAAUGUAUAGUCCACUGAAAAGUCUACAAACUUUAGCUGCUGAUUCUGAUCUCACGCUUACUCAAAUUUCUCAAUUAACUGGCCAUUUAGUAUAUUGGGCUAAAGCUACUAUAAUUUAUCCUCUUUGUGAAAGCAAUGUUUAUGUUGUAUCGCCAGAUGCUGUAAUAACAAAUCAAUUAUUAGAAGCAUUUUCCGAAGAAUUUCCAGGACUUUGUCUUUUACAGGUGAUCAGCGACUUUUCAUUACCGACUUCGAUAAGUCAAAAAUUAAAUCCUUUAAAUCAAUCGCAACAGCAAACGCAAUUAGUGAAAAUAGUCAUAUGGUUAUUAAAAAAUCAUUUACUCUUACAAUUACAUACAUAUGUACAAUAUAUGCCAACUGUGCAUGGUCGAACACCAUUGGAUAUGAAGAAUGAAAUGAAUCAUAACUUAAAUGAGAUCACAGAAAGUGGAAACACGUGGAAUUUGAACGAUGCUUCAAAAGGAAUUCCAACUGAUAUAAAGGAAGAGUUAUCGAUGAAUCUCCACAAAGAAAAUGGAAUAUAUAAUUAUCAGUCAGAAGAUUAUGAUAUUCCAUCCGAUGAUAGAAAAUUGCUUGACAGAUUAUGUCGUUUAGAUUAUUUUAAUGGAGGGCAUCACUUAGAAGAAAUAAUGUAUUUAGAAAAUAUUCGCAGGUCUCAAUUACUACAAAUUUUAGAUAAAUUUCGAGAUGUAUUGAUCACGUGCGAAUGCGAAGACCCUGCCAUAGCCCUAUUUUAUAGUCAAUUUGAUUCUUAA